AAACACACCGUGCAUGAAAAAGAAGAAGUCUAAAGAGAAUACAAAAAUAACACAUAAAAUAAACCCAUAACACAAUAGAAAUAACUUAUCUUUUUUCUUUCCAACAUGAAACUAGCUCAGUUUUCUGCAUUAUUUUUUCUUCUUCUACUACUACCAAGUUUAAGUUAUGCCAUUGAAGCUACUAAUCAUGAGUUUUUUAUGGAUUGUGAUAAUAAUGAUAAUUAUCAUGUGGGAAAAUCAGACGUGGAUUUAUUAGAAUUUCCACUGAAUUUAGAGUAUUUAGAAGCUGAAUUUUUUUUGUGGGCAGCUUUUGGCCGUGGCUUGGAUAGCUUCUCACCUGACCUUGCCGCCGGUGGGCCGCCACCAAUUGGUGCCAAAAUUGCCAAACUUAGCCCUCUUAUUAAAGAUGUUAUUGCCCAGUUUGGUUUCCAAGAAGUUGGUCAUUUGAGGGCAAUCAAGAAGACAGUAGCAGGAUUUCCAAGACCAUUGCUAAAUCUUAGCGCAGAGUCAUUUGGCACAAUUAUGAACGAUGCAUUUGGACAUACUCUGGAACCACCUUUCAAUCCAUACGCUAAUGACAUUAACUUUCUUCUUGCAUCCUAUGUUGUUCCUUAUGUUGGUCUCACUGGAUAUGUUGGAGCUAAUCCUAAACUCCAGAGUCCUACGGCUAAAAAGUUAGCAGCAGGAUUAUUAGGAGUGGAAUCAGGGCAAGAUGCAGUUCUAAGGACGUUACUAUAUCAGAGAGCAAUAGAGAAGGUGGAACCCUACGGAAUACCAGUGGCAGAAUUCACGAGCCGGAUAUCGAAGCUGAGGAACAAGCUAGGACAUCGAGGAUUGAAAGAUGAAGGGCUUAUUGUAAAACCAAAGGAAGGUGCCGAAGGGAAGAUAAAAGGGAAUGUGUUGGCCGGCGACAAACACUCUCUUGCCUACGAUCGGACGCCUGAGGAAAUACUCCGGAUAGUGUACGGAACUGGAAAAGAAAAUAAACCGGGUGGUUUUUUUCCUAAGGGAGGUGACGGUCGGAUUGCCAAAUCCCAUCUUGGAAAAAUUAAGAAAUCUGAAGGCUAAAAGCUUUGUUUAAUUUCCAGUUCUGCAUGCAUGCAAAACUAGAAAUUAAACAAAGCUUCUAAAUUUUCCCUAUCUAUGUAGAGAUAGAUAGGAAAAAACUGAAGGAAAAAAGUAAAGAGGGAAGAAGGCUUUUGGAAAAAAAAUGAGCUUCUAAAAUACAAUUAAGAACAAGCUCGUUAUUUUGUGCUUUCUGUUAUUUUGUCGAUUUUAUUUUGUUAUAUUGUUUUUUCAUAAUGUUGGUGCAUUUGUUUU